GGCACAGGGUAGCCACAGCGGUCGCCACAAGCGGAGCAAGGCGGUGUCCUGAUCACGUGGUCCGACGCCGCUUCACCCCACCCCUGCCUGGGUCAGGCCUGGCCUGCGCCUGCGCGGGCGCGGGCUCGCUCGCCGGCCGUCCUGCGGGCGGGCGCCCGCGGCCGUGGGGAAAUGCAAUUAUCAAUAUUGGCUCCAGAAGAAAGAAGGCUAACAAUGGAAAAUUCUGGCAAAGUUACCAGAAAGCUGUCCUCAUCAGUGCCAUCCUCAGUGGAUGUCACAGGUGAAUUCUUAUAAACUUGAAGUACCAAAUAAUGGAAUGGUGAUAAGCGUUUAAAUUGUGUGACUCCAGGUCCAGGGGAUGAUCCAACAUACUCUGCUAGCCUCCUAAGCACCUGCCAGCAAGUGCAUACACACGUACAUAGAUUCUGACUAGUCUGUGGCUUUAUUGUCUCUGAGGAUCCAAUGCCUAGCAGAAGACCAAAGUUCACAGGUUAAAAAUUUUUUUCCUAGAGAAGAAAGAUCAUAAGCACCAUGAUGGACUCAGGAGCGCAUGACAAGAGGCCCCCAAUGCUGACCUCUUCAAACCAGGAUUUGUCUUCUCACAUUGCAGACGUGGGUCAGAUCAAACAUUACUUCUGUGGCUGCUGCGCAGCAUUCAACAACGUGGCAAUCACAUACCCCGUCCAGAAGAUUCUCUUCCGGCAGCAGCUGUAUGGCAUCAAAACCAGGGAUGCCAUACUCCAGUUGAGGAGGGAUGGGUUUCGAAACUUGUAUCGUGGGAUCCUGCCCCCACUGAUGCAGAAAACAACCACGCUGGCACUCAUGUUUGGUCUGUAUGAAGACCUAUCAUGCCUGCUCCUCAAACAUGUGAGCACUGCUCCCGAGUUUGCCACCAGAAGUGUGGCAGCAUUGCUUGCUGGGACAACAGAAGCCAUUCUCACUCCAUUGGAAAGGGUUCAGACUUUGCUUCAGGACCAUAAGCAUCAUGAUAAAUUCACAAACACUUACCAGGCCUUCCGGGCCCUGAGAUGCCAUGGAAUUGCAGAGUAUUACCGAGGCUUGGUGCCUAUCCUUUUCCGAAAUGGAUUCAGUAAUGUCCUUUUUUUUGGCCUUCGAGGGCCAAUUAAGGAGCAUCUGCCUACUGCCACUACGAAUAGUGCACAUUUGGUCAACGACUUUAUCUGUGGAGGUGUGCUAGGUGCCAUGCUGGGGUUCUUAAGCUUCCCGAUUAAUGUUGUCAAAGCCCGAAUACAGUCUCAGAUUGGUGGGCCAUUCCAGUCUCUCCCCAUGGUCUUCAAGACAAUCUGGCUAGAACGGGACAGGAAACUGAUCAAUCUUUUCAGAGGCGCCCAUCUGAAUUACCAUCGCUCUCUCAUCUCCUGGGGAAUAAUCAAUGCAACUUAUGAAUUUUUGUUAAAGAUUGUAUGAUGAGGUCACCACAUGAAAUGUUGUUCUCGACCAAUUAGACCUAAAGAGAAUGCAAUUUGGCUUUGUUCCUAAUUGGCUUAAAUACAGGUUGGUGUCAGUAAGUCCAGGCCAUAAUAAAUUACAAAGCAUUGACAAUAAAAGGUUUCAAUGGGCAGAUGUCAGGGUUUUGGUUUGAUCAUUACUCAAGAGCUUUAGGCUGUUACUUGGUAACAAGCCAUGUAUCUGAUGACCUUUUCAGGGCAGCUGUCAGUCAAGAUGAAUUCCUUUUCCUCCUGGAAGGGGUUGCUAGGCCUUCUUAUGGAGACCAUGGCAUCAGCAGCCAGAGCAUGUGUUCCUAUCCCAGGGCUUCUCAGGCUCAUGUUCUCACCUCAUUUAUUGCUUCUCUGCUCUUUGGAGGGUCACCUUCCUUAACCCCAAGCGUUGUAUGGUGAACCGGAGCAGAGCAGAUAGAAGUCAACGUCUUAGCUAUAGAGUUCCAUGAUGAAUUGUUGGAGUUAGCUUUGAAACUAAGUGCUGUUGAGAUAGUCAUUAUCCAAACUCCUUUUACUUAGAUUUGAUAGAACUGAGCAGCUAAGCUUCCAUUUCACUGUUUAACUUUGAGUAUUGUCUGUUUAAUUUUGAAUGUGACUUUAAGUCCUUCCAGAAUGCCCUUGUGUUUCUCUGCUGAAUUCAUUGCCAAAAGACAGGCUGACCUAGGUAACGUUUGUCGUGGGCUUCAUCCUGUUAAGCUGUUCAUCACAGUAUCUACUGUUUUUGCUUGGCUUCUUUGUGCUACUGGUGCCAGCGUAGCUGGCCAGUGGGGGCACUGUCCCUUGUGAGUAGUAACUGUCAUGUUUGUCAUCUGUUCUCUGGUACUAGACUUAAACGAAAAUAAACACUUCCAUACAGUUUUA